AUGAGCUCCGAUAGGGGCCAGAAGAAGGAGAGCUACGAGCCUCGGAUUCCAUCUCGCAAGAAAUUCGGUGCGAAGCUCACUAUGAAGACUGUAUCGACAGCGGAUGGCGGAGAACCAAAUUCAUCUUCCCCAACCAAGACCCCCAUCCCACGGAAUAGGAGAAGAGGCAGGAAGCUGAAGGGAGAACUCGACUUGACUGAAUCUCAGGACCUUGCUACUCGUUUGAUUCGCUCAUUUACAAAUAAAGAUGAUGCUCUUGAUUGUCCAAUUUGUUUCAACUCUAUCCACCCCGCACAACCUAUCUGGUCCUGUUCUCCCGACUCUACCGAGCAUGUUGAGACAUGCUGUUGGACCUCUUUCCACCUGAAGUGUAUACGAUCUUGGGCGUCGAAAAGUACGUCCAAUGGGUGGAUUGUUUGUUUUAGCACGGGGGAGAGUAAAGACGGUGAAUGGCGAUGUCCAGGUUGUCAGACUAAGCGAUCUGUAGUGCCCCAGACCUAUCGGUGCUUCUGUGGACGCGAUCAGGAUCCCGAAGGCUCACGGCUCAUCACGCCGCACAGCUGUGGCAGCGGUUGCUGUAGACCGAGGAAUUGUGAACAUCCUUGCUCGAUGUCAUGCCACCCUGGUCCUUGCCCUCCUUGUUUACUCUCCAUUGAGCGCAAAUGCCACUGUGAGAGAGAAACACUUGUUCUUACGUGUUCACGUGCUCUAGACAGCUCACCUACGGCCUCAUCUCUGGUCCUAUCAUGUGGAAGGCAGUGUGGCAAGGUACUUGGGUGCCGCAAUCAUCGUUGUGACAAUAUUUGUCACAUUGGACCUUGCCAAUCGUGCUCCCAGCGGGAGAACGUUCGCUGUUUCUGCGGAAAGGAUGAAAUGCAGGCUGAUUGUGGCUUUCGGGGUGAAGAUGCUGCGCCUUGUUUCAAAGUACAUAACCCCAACAAUUCCACCAGUGGAAUCGUGUCGCGCGAGGAGUGGGAGGGGAGGUAUCAGUGCAGUAGUAGCUGCGAGACGCUAUUCUCUUGCGGGGUGCACAUGUGCCAAAAACCAUGUCACCCUCACCCUCUCUCCGAGCUCUCGUGUCCGAGCGAUCCUUCCGUAGUCAAGACUUGCCCAUGUGGCAAAACUCCUCUCAGUGCCUCACGAUCGAGUUGCACAGAUUCCAUACCAACAUGCGGAUCGACUUGUAGAAAAGAGCUUCAAACAUGUAGCCAUCCCUGUCUUGUCCCUUGCCACACUGGCGAGUGCCCCCCAUGUUCGACACAAAUUUCUGUCCCCUGCCGAUGUGGGGAGACGGUAAGAUACGUGUCAUGCUCGGCACGUCAGCUCCAAGUACUGCAAGGCAAUAACGAGGUAACAUGCACAACAAGGUGCACAGCAAUGAGGCAUUGUGGGAAGCAUGCUUGUAAUAGGGAUUGCUGCCCCCUAGCCGCUCAUGCGAAACAAGCAAGAAGGAAUAAGAAGCGGAGGGCUGCAGAACCAUUGGUAGAUGCUGCGACACUCGAAGCGGAAGAUGUGCAAGGAUGGCAUGCCUGCAAUUUCCCAUGCAACAAGCCACUAAGUUGUGGGAAGCACCGAUGUGAGCUCCAAGACCAUCGAGGUAUAUGUCCACCAUGUUUGCAAUCCAGCUUUGAAGAAGCCGUAUGCAAUUGCGGUAGGACAGUGCUUGAGCCACCAGUUGCUUGUGGGACACAGAUUCAAUGUAAUUUCCCUUGUGUGCGUCCUGAUCCUGCAUGUGGUCACCCCAAAACGCCACACCCAUGUCACGAGGACGGACCUUGCCCCCCUUGUCCUCACCUGAUCACGAAGCUCUGUGCUUGCGGAAAAACCAAUGUGAAUAACAUACGUUGUUCUCAAGAGAAGGUACCAUGUGGUAAAGUUUGCGGCAGACUCUUAGAUUGUGGUUUCCAUUCAUGCGGCAGAACAUGUCACGAAGCCGAUUGUGGGACUUGUACUCGGACCUGCGGGAAGCCACGUAAAUCCUGUCAGCCUUGGCAACACGGCUGUACUCAUCCCUGCCAUGCUCCCUCUGCUUGUCUUGAAGAUGAGCCUUGCACAGCCCGUGUUGUUCUCCGUUGUGAAUGCGGACGAAUUCAACAGCCAGCGACUUGUGGCUCUUGCACCAGCAAUCUCGCAUCUCGUAGAUCCGGCUCCUCGCAGCUCAAAUGCAACCAAGAAUGCGCUAUAGCAAAGCGGAACAAGAAUCUCGCUGAAGCCCUUGGGAUCGACACAGCUUCAUCAAGGACGAGCAAGUUCCCUGUUACAUGGCCUGAGGAGUUGCUCACAUUUGCCGGGGCGAACGGUCCUUUUGUACAGCUUGUCGAAAAGACGCUGAGCGACUUUAUCGAAGCCCAAAAACGUGUUCAGAUCCUUCCCCAUAUGCCACCCGCUCGCCGGGAGUUUGUGCACAAGGUAGCCGAAGUCUACCGAAUGGGUGUUCAAGAAGUGGACCAGGAGCCUCAUCGGAGCCUCCAGUUGACCAAGCGCAUUGAUACAAGGGUGCCGGAUCCGCUCCUAUCAAAAGCUGCAACUAUGCUUAAGAGGCUAACAGUUACUGAGGCCAAGAAGGCAGUUGCUCAGUCUUCAUGGAGUCCAAUAGUUCCUUCUCCAAGACCUCCUGUUGUCGGAGCCACGACUCUGAAGCUGGUCGGGACAUCUACCAGUGCUCAACUGCCCAAGCCCCCUUCAGAAACUUCUGGGCGUGCAACCAGCCGUCAGCCGUCCCCUAUCCUUAGAAGAUUUGCUGGCCCAUCUUCGCCACAGCGAGAUAGCGAGCCUCAAGCUGACAUACCAGAAAGUUGGGAUGAUGGGGCGUGACUUCGUCAGCCCAUUGUUGUUGUACAGACAUAAAUAGUUCCGAUUAAUAGAAAACACCCAAGUUAAUCAACAACAUGUGGUAACUUCGGUGCGUCUCCGGCUUCGGCAAGUACGUGGGCUGGAGUUCGAUCUGACAUUUUAUCGCUACGAAAAACUAUCAAAACCUGUACUGUAUUAUGCACUGCACUCCAUGUAAAUGAUGGCCAAAAUACGGGGCUGUGCAAGCAGUCUGAUGUUUGAGUGGAUGCUCUCUUGUUAUGGAGCACUCAGCGGGGAUACUCAAACG